CCUACAAGGUACCGGAAUUCGAGACUACCCAAAAUGAUGACAUGGUUGCCGGUUCCGUUGUGUUAGAUAGCUGACAGUUGACACGAGGAAAGACGGAUAAAAUAGAGUUGAAAGAGGAACUGGGAUAAUUGUGUGUGAUUACAUCGUUCACAUAGUGUAGGCGCUAGCCUAUACCAACAGGGCGAGUGUUAGGUCACUGGUACGAUCAGUCCAGUGUUCUUCAUUGUCCGCAGUCUGCGAGCUCGUCUCCGGUGCCAGGAUGAAUCCGGUCCGGCGAUGUUCGGCACUACUUCAUAGAGACUUUACAUCACUGUGCCUCUCGUCGCUGGGGUCAGCUCAGAAAACAACAGAGACCCCAAAGAGAGUCCCCUCGCCUUCCUCUCGGCAUUGCCACCAAUUGUCCGGCGGAGAAGUCCUAACCUGUCAACCGCAGGUGAAGCCAAGCGGGGCAUCGUCUGUCUCAGUCAACACAAGAAUAGCGGGUCCGAUGGGCAGCGGCAGCAGCCGUAGCCGUCUGUUCGGGACUCUGGCCCAGACGCUGAGCAGUCCCAGCAUCCCAUUGGAGCUGCCAGCCCUGGAGGCGGCGGAGUGCGCGUGCGAACCCGCCGACCCCGACCUGCUGCUGCGCGAGUGCGAGGAGGCGUUGCGUAACCGACCCGCACGCUGGCGCCGCCGCUUCAUGCGCCCGCACACCCAGGCACAGGCGCACCUCGACCAGCAGCCCAUCCGCGUCAUGCAGUGGAACAUCCUGGCUCAAGCGCUGGGUGAGGGGAAGGAUGGCUUUGUGCGCUGCCCCCCGGAGGCUCUGAACUGGGCCGAGAGGAAGUACCUGAUCCUGGAGGAGAUCCUCACCUACCAGCCCGACAUCCUGUGCCUGCAGGAGGUGGACCACUACUACGACACCUUCCAGCCCGUGCUCGCCAGCCUGGGCUACCAAGGCAGCUUUUGCCCCAAGCCCUGGUCGCCGUGCCUGGACGUGGUGAACAACAACGGGCCCGACGGCUGCGCUCUCUUCUUCCGGCGCGACCGCUUCGAGAUGCUGUCCACCAGCCACCUGCGGCUGUCGGCCAUGAUGCUCAAGACCAACCAGGUUGCCGUGGUUUCCACGCUGCGUUGCCGGGAGACGGGCCGGCGGUUCUGCGUGGCUGUGACGCACCUGAAAGCGCGCAGCGGCUGGGAGAGCCUCCGUAGCGCGCAGGGCAGGAGCCUGCUUCAGAGCCUGGGCAACAUCACGAUGGAAACGGACCCCCGGGAUGCAGUCGCCAGGGGAGGCGAGGCGGACCGGCGCAGAGUCGGCAAUGGCCUGGUGGUGCAGGAGGAAGGCGUGGCGGACGAGGCCGGCGUGCCGCUGAUUGUCUGCGGCGACUUCAACGCCGAGCCAUGGGAGGACGUGUACAAGCGCUUUGCCUCGUCGCCACUGGGGCUGGACAGCGCCUACAAGCGGCUGAGCGCGGACGGACGCACCGAGCCGCCCUACACCAGCUGGAAGAUCCGGCGCUCCAGCGGCGAGAGCUGCCACACGCUGGACUACAUCUGGUACUCGCACCGGCGCUUCCAAGUCGACGCCGUGCUCGAGCUGCCUGGCGAGGAGCAGAUCGGCCCCGACCGCCUGCCCUCCUACCACUACCCUUCGGACCACCUGUCGCUCGUCUGCGACUUCAGCUUCUCCGAGCCCCCGCAGACACACAGGCUUCUUUAGCCGCCCAAUUAACAUUUGGAACAGGUUGAGUGAUUACAGCAUCCUCCAAUGAGAAGCAGAGUUCAGGUUGGGACAUGCCCUCAUCCUGUGGUGGGAGAGAGAGGCUGGAGAGAUGGGGAGGGAGCAGAGCUUUGCUGAGGGACCUGUGUGAAACGACCAUAGGAUGAGAAGAGAUGCAAAACUGGCCUGCAGACAGGCAAAGAUCGUGUUUUUAUGCUGUCUUAACACAUGGCACAUCUUUUAUUUCUUUUCUUUUUUUAAUAAAAUGAAGACAUUCAGUCUUCAGUCUAUCAUUACGUGUUUAUGUGUCUGGUAAACUAAGUGAGUAUGUGUGUGUGUGAGUGAGAAAGUGUGAGUGAAAGACCAACCGUCCUCAACAGUAUAAGUGGGUAAUAAUAUGAAGUGUAUGAAACUAUUACAACUGUGGCCACAAUAAAAUUCAUAUAAAAAAGUAAGCCACAUGCAGUUUAUAUAGGAUGUCAGUAUUGGUGCACAACUUCAACUUAGAGGAUUUAUAUCCCAAUACUGUGGCACUUUAUUCCACCGGUCUGUUACCAUAAGGCUGCUGUUUUUGGUAGAGCUACUAUGGUUAUAACAAUGGCAAAGUGAAAUGUUUAUUAGGUUUUAGGUUAGAGCUCUAUCUUGUCUUUCUAGGGCCACACUUCUGCUCUGGAGGGUUUUAGAUUUUCUGUCUUGUUUUCUUUCUGAAGAGAGGUGAAGCUGCUGAGGUAAAAUAAAAAUAAUUUAAAAAAACAAUCAAACAAUAAAUAAAUAAAUACAUAAAUAAAACUGUUAAGGUUUCUGCAGAAAUCCUACCUCUUUUAGGAAAAGGCCUAGUCAGAAAGUAGUAAGCUAGGUUAUGACUGGCAUAUGAAGUUGUUUUGGGUCAUAUAUCAUAUAUAUCAUAUGCCUGACUGUUUUUAGCACUCUGUGAAGUUGUCCUCUAUUUGGGAGAACACAAACAGGUGUAGUUGGUCAGUUGUGCCUUUUGAAGUUAUUCCAGUUGCACAAUGAAAGUUGUAUUGACUUUAAUAAUAUAUUUCUUCGAUAUCUUAUAAUUUAUGUUAACUUGUUUUUUUUUUUAAUUAUUAUUCUGUUAUUAACAUUCUUAAAGUGAAGACUGAUGUCUUAAAGUUGUGUGAGAUGUUGAUGUACAUUCUGUAGUAUGCUGUAUAAUGACUAUAAUCAUGCUCUACCCUGGAAAACUCCAUGAGCAAACUUCCUCACAAACUACAGAUGCUACUGUGGUUAUAUUUAAUGUAAAAGCAAACAAUAAUAAAACUGCAUCACAACGGUUUUAA